AUGAGAUUUGUUUAUGGUGAGCUUAUACAAGCCAAAGAGGACAUUAAGAAGACAUUCAAUGAAGUGGUAAGAAACUAUGAGCCUAUUAUUAAGAUAGUCGAAGAAAAGAUGAGCAAUAGGCUAGAUUCUCCUCUUCAUUUGAUGCCUUUCAUGUUGAAUCCUUAUUAUCAUUUUAAGGAUCCUCGACUUCAUUUGGAUGUUAAUGUUUCUCUUGGAUGUAUUGAGUUUCUUGAAAUAUAUUACCAUGGCGAUAUAGAAAUGCAAAACAAGGUAUUGAAUGAUGAAUUUCCCAUUUACAAGAGGAAAGAUGGUGUAUUUGGGAAGACACUUGCGAUCAAAGGAUGUGAGACAAAUAAUGAGCGAUAUGAUCCGGCAAUGUGGUGGUCAACUUAUGGUGGGACAACUCCCAACUUGCAAACAAUUGCGAUAAAGAUUAUAUCUCUUACUUCAAGUUCAUCGGGUUGUGAAAAGAAUUGGACUACAUUUGAAGGGUUUGCAGUUUGCACACUUGAUGGAAUGAUAUAUUUGACAUUUGUUUUGCAUAUUUGUAGAUACAUACAAAAAAAAAGAAAUAGGUUGGAAUCUAAUCGCCUAAACAAUCUAGUCUUUGUGCAAUUCAAUGCAAACUUGAUGAACAAAAGGAAAAAAGAGCAAAAUGUUGAAAUAUUACUUGGUAGUGAUGCAACUUUCGCACAAGAUUGGAUUGUUGAGGAUGAAGUUGAGGUUGUUGGUGAAGAUGAAGUGGCUACUAAUGAGGAAGGUGAUGACGCAUUAAGACCACGACGGAGUUCUAGAUUGAGGGAGCUUGAAGAAGAGAACUUUGAAUCCGAAAGUGAAGAAGAAGAAGAAGUGGUUGUUGAGUUUGAAGAUGAUAAAAAUCAAGUGAUAGAUGGACAAGUGGAAGAACAACUCCGAUCCGUAGCAGCUUAUAUCUAA